CAUUUUUUAUAACUUUUCAUCUUAAUAAAGAAUAACUUUUCUAUUAAAAGUCAUAUUUCUAUAUUUUGGAGUAGUAAAAUUGAAUGGGACAAGAAAAGAUAGAAAUAUGUUUGAUUUCAACAAGAAAUUAGUAAUAUUUUCCUCUUGGAAUGGAAUUGGAAGUUGGAGCAAGAGAGAAAGGUGUUCAAAAUCAAUUUUGAAGCAAAAUAGAAGUUAAGGAGCCGAGUGCAUGACAGACGACCAGACAGGCGGCCGCCUGCCAAGCAUCAGCAAACGGCGAGGGUUGGCUCCGGCGGCAAAGCAACGCGCAGACAACGAGUUUGGGCUCCGGCGGGGCUCGCAGGCGCCCGCCUGCCUACCCGCCUAUCGGUAUUCCCGAAUGUUUGCGCCUCCAGAAUCUUCCUCAUUUCACGGCGGUGGGCUGACAGGCGGCCGCGUGUCUGCCCGCCUGUGUGGUUUAGGAGAAGGUCAAUCCACCACGAGGCCUCCAUUAUUUUAUGGAACGAAUUACACAUAUUGGAAGGAGCGAAUGAGAAUUUUCAUCCAAUCCAACAACUUUCUCCUAUGGAGAAUUAUCAAGAAUGGGGAAGAAGUGCCCAUGAAGAAAGUUGGGGAAACCACCGUUCCCAAAACCGAAGACGAAUACGAUGCGCAGGAUAUCAAGAAAAUAGAGAACAACGCCAAUGCUAUCAACAUUCUCUAUUGUGCAGUAAAUCCGGAUGACUACCGGAAAAUUUCAUGUUGUUCCACCGCUAAGGAUAUGUGGGAUAAGCUCGAAAUCACGUAUGAAGGUGAACAAAAGAAGAAUGGGAUUGCCCUCAAGGCAUCUACAAGCCAAGAACGUGCUAUGGAAGACUCGAGUGACGAAGACGAGUUCGGGAUCGUGCUCAAGAAAUUCCAUAAGUUCAUGAGCCAAGAAGGUCAAAGAAAACGAUCUCGCACCGGGAAGAACGUUGCUUCCUCCUCGGCUCCUCCUCCACCACCGGUGCACAAGUACCUCGAUGGGUCGUUCCUUUGGUUCAACGACCGCGCAGAGGCGACGCAGUUCUCGGAGAAGUUUGAGCACCGGGAAAUUCUCCCUCCCCGAUUCUCCACCGCCUGCUUCAUUCAUGAUUCCAUUCCACGUGAGGCACGGGUUAUCCUCGAACGUGGAAACUUCCUCGACCUCCUCUACAUUAAGAAGGCUCAUUAUCACUCUUUUCUUGUUCGAGCUUUCUACUCGAACUUGAAAAAGGAUGAGGACGGAGCGUUGAUUUCUAAGGUCAACGGGGUGGACAUCUAUUUGAAUGAGGAAAACAUUCAAAUCCUCACCGGGCUUCGUCGGGACGGACAAGAUCUCGGGCUCUACGUCGGAGAAGAAGGAGCGCGGUUCAACGAGACCGCCCUCUUGGAGGAAGUGGGCAUCCAAAACAUCGUCCCCACUCACCAACAGCAGCGCCCUACGAUUGCUUCCAUGAGUCCCGUGUUUCGAUUCAUUUUCUAUGUUUUGACACGGAUUCUCAAGCCUAGGAAGUUCAAUCACACCACUCUCUCCCAAGAGGACACGAAGACAAUUCAUGCGAUGAUUCACAACGCCAAUCUCAAUUGGGGUAAAUUUGUGAUGACUCACAUGUUCAACGCCACCUCCGACAACCGGCCGCUUCCCUAUGCUCUCCUUGUCAUGGUGAUCCUUGAUGAGUUCCACAUCAAGACGGACGUCGGGCCCAAAUGCAAAGGAACGAAGCAUUGGGAGAUUGACGAGUCUUCCGCAGGCUCGUCCUCGCCGCCAACCGAGAGCCACUGCCUCGACCGCCGCCGCUUCGACCAACCAUUCUCUUGCCGAGCAAAUGGCAGCCUUGACCGCCACUCUCUCUCAGAUUGACACCAACGUCUCCCAAACGGCCCAAAAUGUAAAUAUUUUGAGCCGAGAGCUUCACGGGUACUUUGACUUUGUCAAUUACCCUUACGCUCAAAUGGUCCCCUACGCUCCUCCACCGAAUGUCGGGGGUGCACCAAGCGGGACUAAUAACGUUGGG